AAAUACACAACUGUGAUGGACACCGAGCAUGAGAAGAAGAGCGUGAAGGAGCAACCUUUAAGAGACUAGAAGAGACGAAAAAGAUUUGCGAUGGCCAACGGCACGGGUUUGAUUACUAAUGUGGAUCUGAGAAGUCAUGAAAACAACUUGGCUCACCGCACCAGGGAGAUUGAUCGGGAGCGCUUGAUUGUCCGCAGGGGUCAGCCCUUCUCCAUAACUUUGCAAUGCUCUGACUCUCUGCCCCCUGAACACCACCUGGAACUGGUGCUGCACCUUGGUAAGAAAGACGAGGUGGUGAUCAAGGUUCAGAAGGAGCAUGAGGCUGGAGAAAAGUGGUGGUUUAACCAGCAGGGAGCGCAGGAUGAAAUACUGCUGACUCUGCACAGUCCAGCGGAUGCUAUCAUUGGCCAGUACCGUCUGGCUGCGUUGAUCGUGUCACCGGAUGGACGCAUUUUAGAGGAGACUGACAAAAUUGGAUUCCACCUGCUCUUUAACCCAUGGUGCAAAGAUGAUGAUGUGUACCUCCCUGAUGAGAGUCUGCUUCAGGAGUAUAUUAUGAAUGAAUAUGGAGUCAUUUACAUGGGGGCCUCGGAUAACAUCAAAAGCAUUCCCUGGAAUUAUGGACAGUUUGAGGACUACGUGAUGGACAUCUGUUUUGAAGUUCUGGACAACUCCAAGGAUGCCCUGAGGAAUUCACAGAUGGACAUUGAGAAGAGAUCUGACCCCGUCUAUGUCGGCAGGACGAUCACUGCAAUGGUGAACGCUAAUGGUGACAGGGGUGUGUUGGCUGGUCGCUGGAGUGAGCCAUACUCUGACGGAGUUGCACCGUACCGAUGGACCGGCAGCGUGCCUAUCCUCCAGCAGUGGAGCAAGACCGGAGUCAGGGCGGUCAAAUAUGGCCAGUGCUGGGUGUUUGCUGGUGUCGCCUGCACAGUGCUGCGCUGUCUGGGAAUCCCAACACGCCUCAUCACUAACUUCUCCUCAGCCCAUGAUGUUGACGGAAACCUCUCUGUAGACUUCCUGCUGAAUGAAAAACUGGAGAGCGUUGGCGGGAGGGACAGUAGCUGGAACUUCCACUGUUGGGUGGAGUCCUGGAUGACAAGAGAUGAUCUCCCCAAAGGGAAUGACGGCUGGCAGGUUCUGGACCCGACUCCUCAAGAACUGAGUGAUGGUGAGUUCUGCUGUGGCCCAUGUCCAGUGACAGCCAUUAAGGAGGGAAAUCUGGGAGUGAAGUACGAUGCUCCGUUUGUCUUCGCUGAGGUGAACGCUGACAUCAUCUAUUGGAUGGUCAAAUCAGAUGGCCAGCGGCAGAAGAUCAAAGUGGAUGAGAGUGGUGUGGGGAUGAAUAUCAGCACCAAAAGCGUCUACGGCGACAGAAGAGAAGAUGUCACUCUUCAAUACAAAUAUCCUGAAGGUUCCAAGAAAGAGAGAGAGGUGUACGAGAAGGCAGGGCGCCGAGUCAGUGAUGACAGCACAGGACCAGCCAAACUGCAGCUGUCAAUCAAGCAUGCUAAGCCUGUAUUUGGGACAGACUUUGAUGUGAUUGUUGAGGUGAAGAAUGAAGGAAGCGAAGACGCUAAUGCUGAGCUGACCAUUCUGGCCAUAGCUGUGACUUACAAUUCUCUCAAUCGGGGGGAGUGCCAGAGGCAGACGACCAGUGUGACUGUGCCAGCUAACCAAACCCACAAGGAAGUGAUGCGUCUGCACUACGACGACUACGUCAAGUGUGUCUCUGAGCACAAUCUGAUCAGAGUGAAAGCAUUCUUAGAGGCUCCAGGGGAGAGCGAACCCAUCAUGACCAUGGCCAACAUCCAAAUGAGCAUACCUAGUCUCGUCGUACAGGUGCCUGGGAAGGCUGUUGUAAGUGAACAAGUGACAGCCCACAUCUUCUUCACCAAUCCUCUACCUGUCCCACUGAAGGGUGGUGUGUUCACUGUGGAGGGGGCCGGUCUACUGCCUGCCUCUGAGAUCCGUGUUGAUGGUGAUAUUUCUCCAGGCCAGAAAGUGUCUGUCAAGCUGUCCUUCAAGCCUAUGAGGGCGGGGGUGAGGAAGCUCCUGGUGGAUUUUGACUCCGAUAGGCUGAAGGACGUGAAGGGAGUCACAACUGUGGUUGUCCGCAAGAGAUUUAUGAUUUCUGGAUUUUAAUCUUAGAGUUCUCUGAACCCGACACAUCCUAAACUGUGAGAUAAUGUGAGGGGAGUAGCACAUUAUACUAUAUAUUUGUUACUGUUGAAAAGUAUCAGAUCAAAGAAAAUCUGUUGUUGUAUGUUUUGUUUCUUAAUUAUCUUUUUGCACUAUUUCAAAUACACAAACCGUGAUUGGAAGAAGCUACCUUUUUUUUUUUAUCCUAAUAUUUAUUCUUUUUUAUAAUAAUUGGGAGUGUUCAUGCUGAUAUGAAACUAUGCACAGUCUGCUUUCAAUAAAGAUUUUUUCACAGGUCU